AUAAAGGGUCGGCUGCGUGUUGUCGAGCAGAGAUUCCCACAACAACUCUGGAGUUUCGAAACCUCCUCCAGUCUUUUUUGGCAGCGGGACACACAUGUUGUGUCGUCGGGGGGGGAACUCACUGACGGCUGAUACCUUGUGUUCCAGUUCGAGCCGAUAUGGCUCCAGUCAAUGAUGUCACGGUGUGGGCGGAGUCGCUGGACCAGCUUCUGGAGUGUAAAACGGGCCAGCUUGUAUUUGAAGACUUCCUGCGGACAGAGUACAGCGAGGAGAACCUUUUAUUUUGGCGGGCCUGUGAGCGCUACAAGAAAAUAACCAGCGAGGCCGAAACGACAGAAGCUGCCAAGAGGAUCUACACCGAGUUCGUGCAGGUGGACGCUCUGAGACAGAUAAACAUUGACUGUGCCACGCGAGAGGAAAUCAGCGAGAACCUCUCCCUGCCGGGGCCGGCUUGCUUCGACAGGGCGCAGAGGAUGAUAUACAGGCUGAUGGAAAACGACUGUUAUCCACGGUUUCUCAAAUCAGACAUCUACCAAGCUCUCCUGGAGCAGCAGUGAAAGCAGCUGGAGGGAAUGAAGCGCUCGGAUGAUUGACUCUGCACUGCGCUCCUUAGAAUUCAGGUUUAAACAAAGAGGCUCGUCUGUGACGGGAGGAAGAAGAGAACACAGAGACGCGGCAGCCGGCACGAGGGCCGACGGCAUCUUGCAGCCAAACGUUAUCGAAAUGAUGUAUUAAGCAGCUUCUUCAAGUUCUGGCUCUGGCUCUGACUGCUUUGUGUAGCAUAAGGAAAGUUCUGUAAUUCAGCCAAAAGACGACAUGAAGUUCUGAAAAGAUGUGUUUGUUUGGAAAGACGAGUAUCGGGGGUGAAAAGUGUGUAAUUGAUACCGUUGAAUUAGUCAGACUGUGGAGUGUGGAAUUUCUGAGGAGCCUGUUUUCAAAAUAUCGUGUCCUGGUUUUCAAGCACAAAAACGAAUGAAUAUGAAAUAUUGUCGUUUGCCUAAUAUAAAGUAUUCCUAAAAGAUAUGGUAUUAAUUUUUUUUGUAAUUCACUAUCAUUUAACCUUUUAAAUAAGAUGUUCUGUUUUGAUAAAGACCAAAAACUGUUAUUAUCUGUUACCAGCAGUGUAUUAAGUCUAAUUUUGUUGGAUUCAUAUUACACAACAGAACGAUAACGGCAACUGUACAGAAUUUCUCGCUGCCUGCUGUUUAGCUUUUUUGUUCCAGUUUAAUACUUCAAUUAAAACUGUGGUGUUUUGUGGUUGUUGGACCGGAACUACA